GAGAAAUGUGCUGAUUGAUGGAGAUGUUCUUCUUCCUGAAGUCUUCCCGCAGCACCUGGACCUGGGUGGACAGCACCCUCUCGGCUUCUGUCGCCUAGAAGAAAGUGGUGUGACUGUGUGAUAUAGAGAUCCACAAAUCAGCGAGAUGGCACCUGAAAAUUCAACAAAAAGCAUAGGGAUCAUGUCUUGUUGAACUGAUUCCAGCAGUAGCAGUCAACUCAAAACUGCCUGAAGUUUCCAGUUGGUUUAAGAUUACUGCGGAACAAUGCUGAAAUUCAAAUAUGGGGCGAAUAGCAACACCAAUCUGGUCGCUAUGGAUCCGAUUACUAGCCGCUGCAGCCGCCUCAAUCAUCUUUUGCAGGGAAAAGGCAGCUUGCAGGGUCGGCAGACUGACAGCAGUAUGACACGCGAAGGGCUUCUUGAUGCCCUGCUCCUGCUGUACGAGGAGUGCAGCUCCCCAGAGCUCAUGAAGAUCAAGCACAUUGCCAAGUUUGUCAACAAAUACACUAAUGUGGUGGCAGAGCUGCGGGAGCUGCAGCCAGGGCUGGAGGACUUCGACCUGUGCGGUGUUGUGGGGCGGGGCCAGUUUGCUGAGGUGCGUGUGGUGAGGGAGAGAGCAACAGGGGACGUGUACGCCAUGAAGGUCAUGGAGAAGGCCUGCCUGCGCUCGAUGGAAAACGUGGCCUGUUUUGAGGAGGAACGGACUUUACUUGCUUUGAGCUCCAGCCCUUGGAUCCCACGGCUGCAACACGCCUUCCAGGACAAGGACAGGCUCUACCUGGUGAUGGAGUACCUGCCCGGCGGGGAUCUGAUGGGACUAAUGAACAGAUACGAGGACCAGUUUGACGAGCCCAUGGCACAGUUCUACCUGUCGGAGCUUGUGCAGGCCAUUCACACUGUCCAUCAGCUGGGUUACAUCCACAGGGAUGUCAAGCCAGAGAACGUUCUGAUUGACAGAACUGGACACAUCAAGUUGGCAGACUUUGGAUCUGCAGCCAGACUCACAGCCAAUAAAACGGUUUCUGCCUCUCGUUUGCCCGUGGGAACUCAAGACUUCCUGGCACCUGAGGUUCUGGGAGCACUGAAUGGGGGGGUGCCGGUUUCAUUUGGGGUGGAGUGUGACUGGUGGUCCUUAGGGGUCAUUGCCUAUGAAAUGAUCUACAUGAAGUCUCCCUUUGCGGAAGGAACCUCCACCAAGACCAUCAACAACAUCAUGAAUUUCCAGCGCUACCUCAAGUUCCCUCAAGAUUCCAAAGCAAGUGGCCCAUUUGUGGACUUGGUGCAGAGUCUGCUCUGUGGUGUGCGGGAACGGCUCGGGUUCGAGGAUUUGCUCUGCCACCCCUUCUUCUCUGCUGUGGACUGGAGCAACGUAAGACAAGCCGUCCCUCCCUUUGUCCCCGCACUCCGCGCAGAAGAUGACACCUCCAAUUUUGAGGAGCCCGAGAAGCCCAGUUCCCGGCCAGCGCCUGCUCUGCGUGGCCCCCAGCAAGUCGGCUUCCAGGGCUGCGACCUGCCCUUUCUAGGCUGGUUCUUCAGCCGGCCCCUGGCAGCGCUGGCCAGGUCCGAGCUGCCCGCUGCCGGCCUCAACUCCCCGGCAAAGACCAACUCAUUGGAAAAAAAGCUUCAGGUUAAAAGCAAAGAAUUACAAGAAACCCAAGACAAAUGUCACAAGAUGGAACAAGAAAUCUCUCGAUUCCAGCGUAAAAUGUCAGACCUGGAGUCUGUGCUGCAGCAGAAGGAUGUGGAGCUGAAGGCGUCGGAGACGCAGAGGAGCAUCUUGGAGCAGGACCUGGCCACCUACAUCACAGAAUGCAGCAGCCUGAAGCGCAGUCUGGAGCAGGCUCGUGUGGAGGUGUCCCAGGAGGAUGACAAGGCGCUGCAGCUGCUGCAUGACAUCCGGGAACAGAGCAACAAACUGCAGGAGAUCAAGGAGCAGGAAUACCAUGCCCAACUGGAAGAGAUGCAGGUGACAAUCCGGCAGCUGGAGGAGGACCUCUCCUCUGCCCGUCGCCGUAGCGACCUGUAUGAGGCGGAGCUGAGGGAAUCCCGUCAGACCAGCGAAGACUUGAAGAGGAAGGCUGCAGAGUACCAGCUGAGGAUCCAGAAGGCCAAAGAACAAGGCAAGGCUGAGGUGGAGGAGAUCCUCUUGAAGCUGGAGAAGACCAAUGCAGAACAACAAGGAAAGAUUCUGGAGCUCCAAGACAAGCUGACCAAGGCUGUGAAGGCCAGCACUGAGGCCACAGACCUCCUGCAGAACAUCCGGCAGGCCAAGGAGCGGCUGGAGCGCGAGCUGGAGAGGCUGCGCAGUAAAGGCGACUCCACCGACACCUUACGCAGGCGUCUCCGGGAGACUGAGGAGGGCAAGAAGACCCUGGAGAACCAGGUGAAGAGGCUGGAGAUGGUGGAGAGGAGGGAAAACAAGCUGAAGGAUGACAUCCAGACCAAGUCCCAGCAGAUACAGCAGAUGGCAGAUAAGAUCCUGGAGCUGGAGGAGAAUCUGAGGGAGACGCAGGCUACUGCACAGAGGAUGGAGGCCCACCUGCUGCAGAAGGAGAGACUUUAUGAGGACAAAAUCAAGGUUCUAGAGGCACAAAUGAAGGCUGACAUGGCUGAAAAGGAGGUUCUGGAGUCCAAAAGGACCAAACAUGAAGAGGAGGCCCGGGAGAAGUGCAAGCUGAUCAGCGAGCAGAAAGCGACCAUCAACGCCAUGGACUCCAAGAUGAAGAACCUGGAGCAGAGGAUUGCUGAGCUGUCCGAGGCAAACAAGCUGGCAGCCAACAGUAGCAUCUAUACCCAGAAGAAUAUGAAAGCCCAGGAGGAGAUGAUUUCAGAGCUGAGGCAGCAGAAGUUCUACCUGGAGUCACAGGCUGGAAAGCUGGAAGCGCAGAACGCCAAGCUGGAGGAGCACCUGGAGAAGAUGAGCCAGCAGGAGCAGACCAAGAAGACCAGGCUCCUGGAGCUGGAGACACGGCUCAGGGAGAUGGGCCUGGAGCACGAGGAGCAGAAACUGGAGCUGAAGCGGCAGGUGGCAGAGCUGACGCUCUCUCUGCAGGAGCGAGAGUCCCAGAUCAGCGGCCUGCAGGCGGCUCGGGACGCCCUGGACAGCCAGCUACAGCAGGCCAAGACGGAGCUGGAGGAGACCACCGCCGAGGCAGAGGAGGAGAUCACGGCGCUCAGGGCCCACAGAGACGAGAUUCAGCGCAAGUUCGAUGCUCUGAGAGAGAGCUGCUCAGUGAUCACUGAGCUGGAGGAGCAGCUGACCCAGCUGACCCAGGAGAACGCCGAGCUGAACCGGCAGAACUUCUACCUUUCCAAGCAGCUGGACGAGGUGUCGGACGAGAGGGAGGACCGGAUGCAGCUGAGUCAGGAUGUGGACCGGCUGCGCAGGGAGGUGGCCGACCGGGAGAUGCACCUCAACAACCAGAAACAGAACAUGGAGACUCUGAAGACCACGUGCACCAUGCUGGAGGAGCAGGUCCUGGAGCUGGAGACGCUGAACGACGAGCUGCUGGAGAAGGAGCGGCAGUGGGAGAUGUGGCGUGGAGCGCUGGAGGACGAGAAGAGCCAGGCGGAGAGGAGAGCCCGGGAUAUGCAGCGGCUGCUGGACAAUGAGAAGCAGAACAGGUUGCGUGCAGACCAGCGCAGUUCAGAGUCUCGCCAGGCGGUGGAGCUGGCGGUCAGGGAACACAAGGCAGAGAUUAUAGCCUUGCAGCAGGCCCUGAAGGAGCAGAAGCUGAAGGCGGAGAGCCUGUCUGACACACUGAACGACCUAGAGAAGAAGCAUGCCAUGCUGGAGAUGAAUGCACGCAGUCUGCAGCAGAAGCUGGAGACAGAGCGGGAGCUGAAGCAGAAGCUCAUGGAUGAGCAAAGCAAGCUGCAGCAGCAGAUGGACCUGCAGAAGACGCACAUCUUCCGCCUGACUCAAGGUCUCCAGGACGCCCUGGACCAGACCGACCUGCUGAAGACAGAGCGCACGGACCUGGAGUACCAGCUGGAGAACAUCCAGGCGGUGUACUCCCAAGAGAAGGUGAAGAUGGAGGGCACCAUAUCCCAGCAGACCAAGCUCAUCGACUUCCUCCAGGCUAAAAUGGACCAGCCCACAAAGAAGAAGAAGGGCAUUUUCGGGCGCCGGCGGGAGGACAUGGUCGGCGCGGUUGGGGGCGUGCCAGCGAGCGUGUCCCAGGUGCCCAUGCCCUAUAACGACAUGAAGGCGGCGCUGGAGAAGGAGCGCUCGCGGUGUGCCGAGCUGGAGGACGCGCUGCAGAAGAUGCGCAUCGAGCUGCGCUCCCUGAGGGAGGAGGGAGCCCACUUCAAGGCCAUGGAGCACGGGGCCCCUUCCACCCCAGCCACGGCCCGGCAGCAGAUCAUCAUGUCCGCCAUCGUCAAGUCGCCAGAGCACCAGCCCAACCCGAGCAGCCUGCUGGCCCCGUCCAGCUCCAGCCGUCGCAAGGAGAUCUCCACGCCCGAGGAGAAAAGGAGGGUGACCUUUGAAAAGUUCACCCGCCGCGUGAAGGAGAGGAUGCACCACAACAUCCCGCACCGCUUCACUGUGGGACUCAACAUGAGGGCCAGCAAGUGUGCCGUGUGUCUGGACACUGUGCACUUCGGCCGGCAGGCCGCCACCUGCGUGGAGUGCCACGUCCUGUGUCACCCCAAGUGCUCACCGUGCCUGCCGGCCACGUGCGGCCUGCCCGCCGAGUACGCCACGCACUUCUCCGAGGCGCUGUGUCGCGACAAGGCCAGCUCCCCGGCCAUGCUCAUGAAGGAGGCCAGCGGGCACGUGCGCCUGGAGGGCUGGAUGAAGCAGCCCCGGAACGGGAAGCGUGGCCAGCAGGGCUGGGAGAGGAAGUACGUGGUGCUGGACGGGACCAAGCUGGCCAUAUUCGAGACGGAGCCCAGAGAAGAUUCUGUCACGCCCCAGGAGGAGUUCGAGCUCUGCCUCCCAGACGGGGAGGUGACCGUGCACGGCGCCGUGGGGGCCUCCGAGCUCAUCAACACCGCCAAGUCCGACAUCCCGUACGUGCUGAAGCUGGAGUCCCAUCCCAACACCACCUGCUGGCCAGGACAGGCCCUCUACUUCAUGGCUCCCAGCUUCCCUGACAAGCAGCGCUGGGUGGCCGUGCUGGAGUCGGUGGUGGCGGGGGGGCGGAGCUCGCGCGAGAAGGCUGAAGCAGACGCUGCCGCAGCUUCCAAAAGACAGAAGAUUCUUUCCCCACUGGUCCAGAAACUGCUGGGUAACUCUCUGCUGAAGCUGGAGGGCGACGACCGCCUGGACAUUAACUGCACACUGCCCCUCACAGACCAGGUGGUGCUGGUGGGUUCUGAAGAGGGUCUGUACGCCCUGAACGUCAUCAAGAACUCCCUGACCCACAUCCCGGGCCUGGGCUCCGUCUUUCAGAUCCACAUCCUGAGGGAGCUGGACAAGCUGCUCAUGAUCACUGGGCCCGAACGCGCCUUGUGUCUGGUGGACAUCAAAAAGGUGAAGCAGUCUCUGUCCCAGGCCCACCUGCCCGCCCAGCCCGAGCUCUCACCCUACAUCUUCGAGACAGUCAAGGGCUGUCAUCUCUUCGCUGCUGGCUGGAUCGAGAACGGGCCGUGCAUCUGCGCCGCCAUGCCUAACAAGAUCACCAUCCUGCGCUACAACGAGAGCCUCGGCAAGUUCUGCAUCAGGAAGGAGAUUGAAACCUCUGAGCCAUGCAGCUGCAUCCACUUCACCGGAUACAGCAUCAUCAUCGGCACCAACAAGUUUUACGAGAUCGAGAUGAAGCAGUACGUGCUGGAGGAGUUCCUGGACAAGAACGACGUGACGCUGGCGUCGGCCGUCUUCGCCGCGUCCUCCCACAGCUUCCCCAUCUCCAUCCUGCAGGUCAACAGCGCCCCCCAGAAGGACGAGUUUCUGCUCUGCUUCCACGAGUUCGGCGUCUUUGUGGAUGCGUACGGACGCAGGAGCCGCACCGAGGACAUUAAGUGGAGCCGCCUGCCUCUUUCCUUCGCCUACAGGGAGCCGUACCUGUUCGUGACGUACUUCAACUCCCUGGACGUCAUUGAGAUUCGCCAGCAUGCCUCUCUUGGCUCCUCAGCUCACGCUCACCUGGACAUCCCCAGCCCUCGCUUCCUGGGCCCGGCCAUCUCCUCGGGGGCCAUCUACCUGGCCUCCUCCUACCAGAACAAGCUGAGGGUCAUAUGCUGCAAGGGCAACCUGGCGCGCGAGUCCGGGGACCUGCAGCGGAGCAGCUCCAGCCGCAGCAGCCCCAACAAGCGCGGCCCCCCCUCCUAUAACGAGCACAUCUCCAAGCGGCUGGCGUCGGGCCCCGGGCUGCAGGAGGGGCCACAGCGCGAGCCCAGCACGCCGCACCGCUACCGCGAGGGCCGCACCGAGUUCCGCCGGGAGAAGUCCCCGGCACGGCCCCUGGAGUGGGACAAGUCGCCGGGCCGCGUGCUGGACAGCCGCAGGGAGCGCUCACCCGGCCGCAGCUUUGAGGAGCGCGCCCGUCUUCACACGGGCUCCGUGCGCACGCCGCUCACGCCCGUCAACAAGGUGUGGGACCAGUCGUCUGUCUGAGCACAGCCUCCCGACCCAGGAAGAGACAACGUUGCACUGUCACAGGAUCCGUACAAAGAUGGCUCAGGCCUCUGCGACUGGUGUGAACAUGGUUUUUAAGAUUAUACAAAAACAGAAGUCACUGUGUCAAGUCCAAACAGUUUACAGGAUUUUCAAAGAACUGGGUCAGACACAUUUUACUUUGCUUACAUGAGUAGCAGCACCGAUCCAGUGCGAUUCAUAUCUGCGUCACACUCCUUCAGGCUCCAAACACGAUGAUUAAAGCACACGCAUCUUUCUCCAUGAUAUUAUUUGGUUGCCAUCUGCCCAUGACGUAUGAAGGACGUUCACUCAUGCGCAUUUCACACUCGUGCACAUGUGUGCCGCAGUCAGCCUGGCCUGCUUGGAAGAGAGUGGUCUUUGUAGUACUUGAUCUAAUCAGCACCUGUAAAUAAACUAACUUGAGUUUUUAUAGAAAAAGGGAAUAUUAGGCUGGUGAAGCCAUGUCUAUUUUUGUUAAAAUGAAAACUUUCAUACGUGUCCUUUCAGAUUGCUGUCCCAUUUAAAGGGGGAAGGAAAAAAAUACUAUUAUCUGAAAUGUCAUUUCCUCUGCUUUUGCCAUGACCACACCAUUUGUCUGGCUUUUUUUUUUUUUUUUUUAACAGAUAUUGAGUUACACAUUUCAUAAACAUCUCACUGAAUUCAGCCGCUUUAUACUGCCGUAAGCUUCCUUGUGUUUAAAUCAUUAAAAUUAAGUGUUGGCGGAAAAUAACUAAUGACAAGAAGUGCACGGACAGCCGUCCAUUGCAACGCAAAUGCCUUCAGCUGCUUUGACGACUUUUGCCGCUUCGGUUACAGAUAAUCCUGUUAUUUUUGUUCUGUGCCGUAAACUCUGUCGUCUGGUAACCCUCAGGGUUUAUUUACACUAUUACUGCUUCCGUUUAUUGUAAGACUUCAGUGCAUUAAAAAAAAAGAUGUGACGAGAAACACGUGAAGUCGCAAUAGCACGCAUGCGUAAUAAAAACAUUUUCAUUUAAUCCCUUCAUUUCGGUCCCAUUUUCUCUACUGUGUUCACUGCUUCUAUAUUGUGCAUUAAUUAAAUUACUUGAUACUUGUCGAUGUCCAAGUAAUGCUGACAAAGGAAUCGGCUAUCCCAGUAGAUUUUUAUAAGUAUAAAUAUAUAUAAAAAUUGUACACUACCAUUAAACCCACUGAAUUAAA